AAUUUUAGUUUUCUGGAUGAUUUAGACCGAUUAGGAGCAAGGGAUUAUCAACCUACGGAGCAAGAUAUUUUAAGGACUCGUGUCAAAACAACGGGCAUAGUAGAAGUCCACUUUUCCUUCAAGAAUCUUAAUUUCAAAUUAUUUGAUGUAGGCGGUCAAAGAAGUGAACGUAAAAAAUGGAUCCAUUGCUUUGAGGAUGUCACUGCGAUCAUAUUUUGUGUCGCGAUGUCUGAAUACGACCAAGUUUUACAUGAAGAUGAAACGACGGUAAGAAUUCAAAUCUUCAAAACUUUUUUUUAAU